AUGAGCUCCGAUCCCGCCCCCGCAAGGCCCGGGGGUGGCCUGUCACUUUACGCCAAUCUGCUGGAUCCGUCCGCUGAUAAUUCCCCCGGGACGAUUUCACGCGCGCCUGUUGUUUUCAAACAGGGUGCUGAGGCUGAGGCCCAAUCCGAUGAUCCAGCUGCCAAGAAGCAGCAACUCAGUGCCGCUUCUCUGCGAUUUCAACCUACCAAAAGACCACAGCUCGCGAAUCAGAAACCGAAGUUAAAGCCCACAUUGCCUAAGGGCCCCCUUGCUGCCGCGCCGGCCACAGCAUCAGUCAAAACCACUCUUGCAGACUGGGCGGCCACCGAAGAUGACGAUGUCAACGGAUUCUAUGCCGGGCCGAAGAGGCAGCGCGGAGGCCGCAAGAAGCGCAAGAAGAACCGAGAAGCGCAAGAGUUCAUACAGAACUGGGACGAUAUCUACGAUCCGUCCCGGCCGAAUAAUUAUGAAGAAUAUAAGCAUAGCGAUGAGCAGAUAGCAGAGAUCCGAGAGUGGAAAGACCGCCUAUAUGCACAUCGUAUGGCCAGGUCGCCUAGCAGGGAUUCAUACAGCGAUGAUGAAGGCUACGCACGUCCUCGGAACCGUCAAUUCGCGCCCCCAGGCAGUUUCGCACCGCCCCCGGGCCUCAAUGAUGUAUCUCACAGGCCACCUGUUGAAUCGCCUCCCGAUGAAGAACCAACCGAGAUCCAGAACGAUGUACCGAUGGCAGGAAUUCCUCCGCCUCCACCGCCAGAUGAACCACCGGUUCAUGUUCCGGAAGACCCGACAGGCGAGGAUGCUUAUCUGCGCAGGUUCCAAAUGUCGACGAGAGAAGGCUCAACCAUUCCUCCCCCACCACCCCCAUCUCGGCCACUGGACGCCUUGCAGCCAGCGUCUGCGACUAUAUCCCGUGCUCCAGUCCGAUACACUCUACCUGCUCCUCCCGAGGAUAUACCUGCCUCGGAGGCAGAGCUUGAGGAAGUGUUCGCGAUGGAGGAGCCAGGAGACGAUGAGCCAGGAGACGAUGGACAGCGCUCGCUACGCCCGGGCCAGAAGGGCUUUGCUGAGCGACUCAUGGCGAAGUAUGGCUGGACGAAGGGCUCUGGUCUUGGUGCUACAGGGUCAGGAAUUGUCAAGCCAUUGCAGGUUAAGGUUGAAAAGCAGAAGAAACGGCCGGACUCAGAAGGAGGUGGCUUUGUGACACCCGCUGGACGGGGUAAGGUUAUCGGGGUUGCAAGAAAAAGUGAGGAGGAAGGCAAAUUCGGCCCGAUGAGCGAGGUCAUCAUUCUCAAGGGUAUGCUCGAUGGGAUGGAUCUUGAGGCCGAACUGGUUGGAGACGGAGAGAGCGGUGGCCUUAUGCAGGAGAUCGGGGAAGAAUGCUCCGACAAGUACGGCCGUGUCGAGCGAGUAUAUAUUCCGCGACAGUCCAAGCCUCCUGUUCCAGUUUUUGUCAAAUUUACUAAUCAGCUUUCGGCAUUACGGGCGGUUAAUGCUCUUGAGGGCCGAAUAUUUAAUGGAAAUGCCAUUACUGCGCGAUUCUACGAUACACAACAAUUUGAGGAAGGGAAAUAUGAUGGUUGA